AUGCUUGAAGAACCUCAGACCGCCCCUGAGUCGCUGCCAGCGCGGAAGCGAUCUAAGGCGUCCGAAGAAAACGACGAGGAACGGAGUAAGAAGCGAUCAAGAGGCCGUCCACGCCUUGACACCAGAGAUGAGACGGCUCAAGAUCGUCGUCGAACGCAGAUUCGAUUGGCUCAAAGGGCCUAUCGUAAUCGCAAAGAUACUGCCAUUACGACCCUUGAGGACAAAGUCAAGGAUCUUGAAGAUGCCAAUGAAAACAUGAGCAAAGAGUUCAUGAAUUUCUUUGACUUUGUUCUUUCACAGGGAAUGCUGGAAGGUGCACCUGAAGUUGCAAGACGUCUCAAUGAUACAACCCGCAAGUUUCUCUCACUCACAAGGAAAUCUGCCGAUGACUCAAACCGCGAUGGCAUCGAAGAUACCCCGGCCGCUGCUCAAGCACAAGAGCAAGUUGUGUCACAACCCCCAGGACGGCACCCAUCCGGCUCCGACUCUAGCACUUCUGGCUCGGGGAGUGGUGAAUUCAUGUUACAGAACCCACCUGGUUUUAGCGCUUCUCAAGAGAAGAGCCUGUCAACUCCACGAAGACCGGACGCCACUAUACGGCAACAGGCUACGCCUCCCCUGAACCUGCCUUACGAAAUCAUCACAAUGCCAACUACAGAUAAUGCAAGUUUCCCGGUUUACGACACGCAAACGACAAUCAGUUUCGAGCAAAAUCCUUUCCUCCAAUCACCCUUUCCUAACGUCCAUUCGCCAGCCACUUAUGCGCCCCAAGAACGGAGCUUUGGUCGCCGCCUUCAGAGAGCAACUUUGGAGGCUGGUCUGAGGUUGGCAUCGAUGGCCAACCCACCUCCUCAUCGAUAUGCUGAGGUCUUUGGAUUUUGUCUACUAUUCGAACCCAGGGAGUCUAUCAUCCGCCGCAUAUCUAGCACAUUGGCAAGAGUGAGCCAGGAAUCAAUGUUUGUCUGGAGGUACCCUUUCACAAACCUGGGUGGUGCUGGGACUUUCUUCCCGAAUAACGGAGAAGCCGGAGGAAGUACAGCAACAGGAGCCAACGGGAACGCGAUACCGCUAGGAAAUCAAGGGUUGGCACAGCAUAUGAAGCCACAGGAGAUGACUGGGUUUUCGAUGGGCCCUUUUAACCCAGAUGUUGAAGCGGCCAAAGGAGAUCAUAUUGAUACUCGCAUGCGAAUGAUGUACCAGGGAUUUGAAGGGGACUUCUUCGAUGCAGAUGAGGUGGAAACAUAUCUACGUCAACGGGGUAUCGUGAUACCUGCUAACGUGGAUUUUAUUGAUGCUGAAAUUGAUAUGGGCUCGUUUGACGCAGCUCCAGAUCUUUCGGGCUUAGGAUCGAGCAGCAGCUUCUUCGGAACGCAGCAACCCCCUGCGUCAAGCCAGGCGCCUUAUAUGCCGUCUCAGCAAGCCACAAGUGACAUAUCGAGUAUGUGGCAAAGCACGAUACCUACCACCCUCGCUACCACCACAGCGUCAAUGACACAGGCUCCUCUCAUGGCACCUGCAAUGAGUGUUGACUUCAUCAACAUUAUGCCAACAGUUGAGGCAACCAACCCUGGGCAGUUCGGUGCAGGGAUGGGAUCUCUGAUGGAUUCAUCAUAUUUUCCUCGAGAUUGGGCCACAGAUGCUAGUUGGAUGAAGACAAAAGUGACGAUGGACGUGAAUCGACUAGUAGCAGAAAUGACAAGCAGGGCAGUCUGUUUAGGUCGCACGCCAGGCUUACGACCAAAGGAUAUAGACAAAGCAGUUAAGUUGUCUAUCGUACUGGCUCAGGCAUAA